CUCAUCCGUAAUCCGUAAUCCUGCCAGGAGGUCUCGCAGGAGGUGAGAAUAUUCCAGACACGGAUUUGCUAGAAAGGAACGCACUUCAAGAACGUUGGAAAGGAUUUUCAACAACAACAACAACAACAAAUAAAUAAACAACACAUAUACAGAAGCACAGAGACAACAAGUGGCGCGUGAGGGUGAUCUGUGAUAAAUCUGGCGUCGCUGCAGAAUCGGGGAUGAACCUGCUGCGCGCGGGCUCCGGUUUCGGCAUGGCGGGCUGGCGGCUGGUGUGCGUCGCUGUGGCGCUCGCGCUCUGGAGGCCCGUGGAGUCGUGUCCCGCCGCUUGCACGUGCAUGGGCUUCAGAAUUUACUGCGCCGACACCGAGCGCGGCAUUGCGGCUUUCCCUGCGCUCAGCGAGCCCGAGAUGGAGAACAUCACCGACAUCUAUAUCGCGAACCAGAGCAGCUUCUCCUCCAUCAACGAUAAAGACCUGACCUUCUACCGCAACCUCAGAAAUCUGACAGUGACCAACACGAGGCUUACAUACGUAUCGAGGCAGGCAUUUCAGAACAACGUCAAACUGCAAUACCUGAACCUGAAGGAUAACAAUCUGUCAUCACUCUCCUGGAAGACUGUUCACCAUUUGAACAUUUCCUCCCUGCUGCUCUCUGGAAACCCGCUACAGUGCUCAUGUGAGAACAUGUGGAUGAAGCAGGGGAGAGGCGACGAGUCCGAGGCAGCAGAGCUGAUGUGUGUGGAGGAAGGAGGGAAGAGGAGGCAUCUGUCUAAGCUCACUCUGCCCAACUGUGUUGUCCCCACAGUCAGCCUCUAUCCUAAAAGCGUCAGCCUGAUGGCAGGUUCAAACAUAACUCUGACUUGUAACACUUCAGGGAUGCCCACGCCCGAUCUCAAAUGGAUCACCUGCCCACUCAAUUCUAGCCAUGAGAAUGUGACUACGGGACAGUCCUCCAUCCUCAGACUCAGAGAGAUCUCAUCCCUGGACAAUGAAUGCAAAAUCACUUGCAGCUCUGACAACACAGCAGGAGAGAGUGAAGCCUUUCUGCACCUCGACAUUCACUUCGCUCCUAUAAUCAGCAAGCUCACGGACGCCAUCCCCGACCAUCACUGGUGCAUCCCUUUCAGCGUAUCUGGCAACCCGCAACCGACGCUGCAAUGGCUGUUACAGAGUGGGCCUCUGACUGAGGGGCCCUUCAUUAGCACCCGGAUCCACGAUUACGCCGAGCACGAGUAUCACGGCUGCCUGCAGCUUGAUAACCCCACACAUAUCAACAACGGCAUGUACACGCUGCUGGCCAGCAACCCUUACGGCAGCGACAGAAAAACUGUAUUCGCCCACUUCAUGCACAACCCGUAUAACAGUACAACAUCUACGGAUACAAUCUACUAUGACUCUACCACAGAUGACACACCUGAGCCACCUGAGGACCGAGUUGCUGUGUACGUGGUCGUGGGAAUCGCCGCCAUCACAUUCACCGGCUUUGUCCUGAUGCUGGUCGUCCUCAAGUUUGGCCGCAAUUCAAAGUUCGGGAUUAAAGGGCCUUCAUCGGUCAUUAGCAACGAUGAUGACUCAGCCAGUCCUCUCCAUCACGUGUCAAACGGCUCGAACACGCCGUCGUCCUCGGACACGAACGCCGACGCCGUCAUCAUCGGCAUGACCAAGAUCCCUGUCAUUGAGAACCCGCAGUACUUCCGCAGCACAAGCAGCCUGCUCAAAUCAGACACCUUUGUCCAGCACAUUAAGAGGCACAACAUCGUACUUAAGAGGGAACUCGGUGAAGGGGCCUUCGGAAAAGUGUUCCUGGCCGAAUGCUAUAACCUUUCCCAAGACCAGGAUAAGAUCCUUGUGGCAGUCAAAACCCUAAAGGAAGCCAGCGAGAACGCACGCAAAGACUUCCAUCGUGAAGCAGAGUUGUUGACCAACCUGCAGCACGAGCACAUCGUCACCUUCUACGGCGUGUGUGUGGAAAGCGACCCCCUCAUCAUGGUAUUCGAGUACAUGAAGCACGGAGACCUCAACAAGUUCCUCAGGGCUCACGGUCCUGACGCUGUGUUAAUGGCAGAUGGUCAGGUGCAGCAGCAGGCCGAGCUCACACAGUCUCAGAUGCUGCACAUUGCUCAGCAGAUCGCAGCAGGGAUGGUGUAUCUUGCCUCGCAGCACUUUGUGCACAGAGACUUGGCCACACGUAACUGCCUUGUUGGUGAGAACCUGCUGGUGAAGAUCGGAGACUUCGGCAUGUCCCGCGACGUGUACAGCACCGAUUAUUACCGGGUGGGUGGUCACACCAUGCUGCCGAUCCGCUGGAUGCCCCCGGAAAGCAUCAUGUACAGAAAGUUCACCACUGAGAGCGAUGUCUGGAGCCUGGGAGUGGUGCUCUGGGAAAUAUUUACCUACGGGAAACAGCCUUGGUACCAGCUCUCCAACAAUGAGGUGAUCGAGUGUAUCACCCAGGGUCGUGUGUUGCAGCGGCCGCGCACUUGUCCGAAGGAGGUGUAUGACCUGAUGCUGGGCUGUUGGCAGCGAGAACCACACUCUCGCCUCAACAUCAGAGAGAUCCACAACCUGCUGCUGAACCUGGCCAAGGCCUCACCAGUCUACCUGGACAUCCUGGGCUGA